AGUUUUUCACUUUCUCACGUCACUUGAGUGUUGUCCAAACCAAAAAAAAAAAUAAAAAAAAAAUCAGAGUCUUCUUCUUCUUCUUCUUCUUCUCUCUCUCUCUCUCUCGUUGGUCGUCGUCGUCGUUUUGAUCUCAGAUUCAGUCCUCGCCAUGUCGGAGCCUGCUUCGUAUGGUCCUCGAUUAGAUCUUCAGGAAUUACAGCGUGAAGCCCAGAAUCGGUGGCUGCGACCUGCGGAAAUUUGUGAAAUUCUUCGUAACUAUCGGAUGUUUGAUAUCACAUCAGAACCUCAUAACAAGCCACCAAGUGGUUCACUUUUUCUUUUUGAUCGCAAAGUUUUGAGAUACUUCAGAAAGGAUGGGCAUAAUUGGAGAAAGAAAAAAGAUGGAAAAACUGUGAAAGAAGCUCAUGAAAAGUUAAAGGUGGGAAGUGUUGAUGUGUUACACUGCUACUAUGCUCAUGGAGAAGAAAAUGAAAACUUUCAAAGGCGAAGCUAUUGGAUGCUUGAACAGGAUAUGAUGCACAUAGUAUUUGUGCACUACUUGGAAGUUAAGGGUAACAAGUCAAAUAUUGGAGGAAAUACUAAUAGUGAUGGAGUCAUAUCAGACUCCCAGGUCAACUCUCCAUCAUCUGGCUUUCCCGCUAGUUAUAGCAGUGUGCCUUCACUGAGUACAGAGGCUAUGAGCCCGACUAGCAGUUUGACAUCUUUACGGGAAGAUGCUGAUUCUGGUGAUCAUGGGCAGUCAUCAAUUUCUGGAACUGAUUAUAUCCCUCUGUUCGACGGGGAUAAAUUUAGAGGAAAUGAUACUACUUAUAUUGAUGGUCUGAAAGGUCACGGCAUAGCAUCAUGGGACAAUGUCUUGCAGUGCACUACCGAGUUAAAUACUGAUCCUUCUCUUGUGUCAUUUCCUUCCAUCCUAUCUGGUUCAAUGAGAAACAUCCUUGAACAAGAACAUAACAUUUUGGAUGACCUUUUAAUGAGCAAAAGUGGCCCCAGUGAUGAAGCAGGGAGCUCUCAGUCUCUCCAAUCUAAUUGGCAGAUUCCUUUUGAAGGCAAUGUAGGACACAUCCAGGCCUUAACCCAAUCAUUGAGUUCGGAAUUUGGAUCUGAUUAUGGCAGUGGUCUACUAAGGAAUGAGGCUCAUAAUGGAAGUUCUGAGGUUUUUUCUGUCCUGUCUCAUUUUCAUGGUCAGCCAAAACAGCAGCUUAUGCAGCAAAAUUAUCCAGAACAGCAUUUUGAAGGACAACCUCAACAUGCACUAACAUCUGAUUCUGCCAAUAGAGUUCCUGGUGAAGAAACUAUUAACUAUCCCUUAACCGUGAGGCGCACAUUAUUGGACCGUGAUGAGAGCUUGAAGAAGGUUGAUAGCUUCUCACGGUGGAUUACUAAAGAACUCGGAGAGGUGGAUGAUUUGAAUAUGCAGUCCUCACCUGGUAUUUCAUGGAGUACAGAUGAAUGUGGGCAUGUGCUAGAUGAUACAUCAUUGAGUCCAUCUAUCUCUCAGGACCAACUGUUUAGCAUAAAUGAUUUUUCACCUAAAUGGGCUUAUGCUGAGUCAGAAAUUGAGGUGUUGAUCAUUGGAUCAUUUUUGAUGAGUCAACCAGAAGUGAGGACCAGUAACUGGUCAUGUAUGUUUGGGGAAGUUGAGGUUCAUGCUGAGGUUUUAUCUAACGGAAUUCUGUGCUGUCAAGCUCCUCAUCAUAAGGUUGGACGGGUCCCUUUCUAUGUAACAUGCUCCAAUAGGUUAGCUUGUAGUGAAGUACGGGAGUUUGACUACAGAGAGGGCUUUUCUAGAAAAGUUGGCAUUGAAGAUUUUUUCAAUAGUUCAACUGAUAUGCUGCUUCAUUUGCGACUGGAGGAAUUGCUUUCUCUCAUGCCAGUGCACCCUCCAAAUCAAACCUUUGAGGGUGAUGUGGAGAAAAGAAACUUAAUUUUUAACCUUAUUUCACUAAGAGAGGAAGAGGAAUUUUCAACUAAGGAAGAGCUAACUGUAGAGAUGGAUAUAUCACAACAGAAGGAGCAUCUGUUUUGCAGACAGGUUAAAGAGAAGCUCUACUCAUGGCUUCUUCACAAAGUAACUGAGGGUGGUAAAGGGCCAAAUGUGUUAGAUAACGAUGGGCAGGGUGCGCUACAUUUGGCAGCUGUGCUUGGUUAUGAUUGGGCCAUAACCCCAAUUUUAACUGCUGGUGUUAAUAUCAACUUCCGUGACGUGAAUGGAUGGACAGCUUUACAUUGGGCUGCAUCCUGUGGCAGAGAACGGACAGUUGCAUUCCUUGUUUCCAUGGGAGCAGAUUCUGGAGCACUGACAGAUCCAUCUCCAGCAUUUCCUUUAGGUAGAACAGCUGCCGAUCUUGCCUCUAGCAAUGGGCACAAGGGAAUCUCUGGUUUCCUUGCGGAGUCUUCAUUAACUAGCCACCUGGAGUCUCUCACAAUGGAUGAUCAACUUAAAGGUGGUCGGCAAGAAAUUUCCGGAAUGAAAGCGGUGCAGACAGUUUCAGAACGAACUCCAACACCUGUGCUCUAUAAUGAUAUGCCAGAUGCCCUCUGCCUUAAGGAUUCUCUCACGGCUGUCCGUAAUGCUACCCAAGCUGCAGAUCGUAUACAUCAAGUAUUCAGAAUGCAGUCAUUUCAGAGGAAGCAGUUAACUCAGACUGAAGAUGGUGAGUUUGAUUUGUUAGAUCAGCAAGCUCUUUCCCUUCUAGCAUCUAAGGCAAGCAAAUCUGGACUAGGAGAUGGUUUAGCCAAUGCUGCUGCAGUACAAAUACAGAAAAAAUUUCGUGGUUGGAAGAAGAGAAAAGAAUUCUUGAUCAUUCGUCAAAGAAUUGUUAAAAUUCAGGCCCAUGUAAGAGGUCACCAGGUAAGGAAGCAGUAUAAAACAGUCAUUUGGUCUGUGGGAAUCCUGGAAAAGGUCAUAUUACGCUGGAGACGCAAGGGUAGUGGUUUACGAGGAUUCCGACCAGAUGCCGUUAAUAAAGUUCCCUGCCUACAACAAAAUGAUUCUCAGAAGGAGGAUGAAUAUGAUUAUCUUAAGGAAGGACGGAAGCAAAGUGAGGAAAAGAUCCAAAAGGCCCUUUCUAGGGUGAAGUCCAUGGUUCAGUAUCCAGAGGCACGAGCUCAAUACCGGCGCUUGCUAAAUGUUGUUGAUGACUUCCGUCAAAAGAAGGCGAGCAAUAUGGAUUUGAUCCAUUCUGAAGAGACAGUUGAUGGUAUGGAGGAUUUGAUUGAUAUUGAUAUGCUUUUAGAUGAUGAUAAUUUCAUUCCUAUAGCAUUUGAUUGAUUCUCAGCAGUGGCUACUCCUACCGUCCCCAGUUGGCGCCUUAUUUGGCAUUGGUGGAGUUCUACUAACUUCGUUUUGAUGUAUAUAUUUCUAAUCACAGUUGCUUGGAUCGGAGGCUGAAUAUAUGUAGGUUCUGAUAGCUAGCAUGCUUUCUGGUUUGACAUUGGAAGCUAAUGAGACAUGGUUUGGUUUUAUUUAUGGUGAUUUUUAUGACAGGAUGAUUCUAUUUCUAUUUAUAAUUAGCUGGGGGGUUAUAAGAUAAUGGUGUAAUGCAUUACUGCAAUUUGUACAAAAGUGAACUGGGAAGAAAAAUUAUAACCAUGUCCUGAUUAUAUUAUAUUUAGCUCGUUUUAUGGCUUA